GGCCCAGCGUUUGUCUGAGUGGUCCCACGCUCGUUCCUGGCCUUAGCUCUGGUCCUUGGGGCUGAGUUGUUGUUGCGUCUACGAUGACUGGUCAUGGCACCGCAGGAGUCAGCGCCAUGUGCGCGCUAUUGACUUAGCCCGAAGCCGGUAGAGCCGACAUCAGGAGGAAUAGGCAGAACAUAAAAGCUGCCUGCCCCGGUUGCACGGGCCCCGGUAGCGAUAUAUUCAGUUGAAAACUCUUGCGCUUAUUGCUGUAGCCAUUUACUGCGGCUUUUGCAAUCUUGGUCCCUCUGAAGAGCGAGAGCGAGCUACUGAUCCUGUCAAGAUGCGAGGCGCAUCUUUCUUCCCCAUCCUGGCGGGUAUUCCUUUUACCUGUGUCGACGCGCUCUCUCUCCACAAGCGCGAUGUCCCGGCCGUUGUCAGAAUCCCUAUUGAGCGGAGACAGACUACUGGCUCUCUACAGAAGCGAGACUCUACGGUUGGCGCGUCCUUGCAGAACAUUGAGGACUCGUAUUACUCACUAAACCUGACGCUGGGGACCCCAGGGCAGCAGGUGAUGUUGACGUUGGAUACCGGUAGCAGUGAUCUCUGGGUGAACAUACCAAACUCAACCUACUGCACGGCCGACGAUGAUCCGUGCAGUCCUUAUGGCGUGUACACCCCCAGCGAUUCUUCCAGCAUGAAGACUGUGGGCACCUAUCUCAACGACACGUAUGCGGACGGCUCGAACCUUUACGGGCCUUAUGUGACUGACAAGGUCACUGUUGGCAAUACGACAAUCGAUAAAAUGCAGUUCGGGAUUGCCGAUUCGACGACUGUUUCACAUGGUAUUGUGGGUGUCGGCUACCAAAGCGCGACCUACCAGGCCGAACACGACGGCAAGGUGUAUGCCAAUCUUCCACAAGCCCUGGUCGAUAGCGGGGCGAUCAAGUCUGCCGCCUACAGUCUGUGGUUGGAUGGACUGGAGGCAACCAGCGGCUCCAUUCUUUUUGGCGGUGUGAACACGGCCAAGUACCACGGCGACCUUCAGACCCUGCCCAUUGUGCCUGUCUACGGUGACUAUUACUCCCUCGCCAUCGCCCUCACCGAAGUCGGCGUGGAGACCGACUCCGACUCGACCAGCUACACCGACAGCCUUCCCCUCUCGGUGUCCCUCGACAGCGGUACGACCCUGACUGCCCUCCCGUCCGAUCUCGUCGACAAGAUCUACAAAGCGCUCAACGCCACCUACGUCGAGAAAUAUGAUUUGCCCUACAUCGACUGCGACGUGAGAGACACCGACUACAACGUGACCUACAGCUUCUCCGGAGCGAAGAUCACCGUCGGAAUGAGCCAGCUCAUCAUUCCAGCCACCGAGCCCGAUUUCCCCAAGGGAACGUGCGUCCUCGGCCUCGUGCCCAGCCAGCCGGGCGUCAACCUGCUGGGCGACACCUUCCUCCGCAGCGCCUACGUCGUCUACGACCUGGCCAACAAUGAAAUCUCCGUUGCCAACACGAACUUCAACCCUGGCGACGACCACAUCCUGGAGAUUGGCACCGGAACUUCGGCGGUGCCCGGUGCUACUCCAGUGCCGUCUGCCGUCUCGUCUGCCACCGGCAACGGAGUGGCUACGACUGAGGGCGCCGUGCCCACCCUCUCCGGAGUCUCUACCGUUACCUUGACUGCCACCGGCUCUACGAGUACUUCGACCGGCAAGGGCUCGAGCGGUGACUCGGCCGAGGCUACGAGCACCUCGUCCAAGGGCUUUGCGGCCCUGCCUACUAGCAACCCGAUCAACUUGCUGUCGGGUCUUGCGGGCGCUGGCCUCCUUCUUGUCUUGUAAUGACGACGGCUUGACCGAUGUACAUACCCAUACCAAUAUUCUAGUUUCACGGACCGAACGCUCCGA